AUGGAUCCAUACAACGAGGUACGGGACGACGCGUGGGCCACCAUUAAGGCGCUAGAGGCGCUCGUCGAUGGUGGCGGCGACCCCGUGGAGUUCGAGAACAAUUACGAGGAAUUCGAGGAGAUCCAGCGGGACUUGGAGCAGGCGGUCCAGAUUAGUGAGCGUGACCCCGACCGGUUUGGGGGCGCUGCCACCGUCAGAGCACGGCGAGACGAGUUGGAAGAGUUGGCACGCAGAGGAACAGCAGUCCGCCAGGCGUCGCUCCAGGGGUUCACCAAGGGCCAACCCCAACGGCUAGCGCCUCGCGAAGUCACCACCAUGUCCAACCGCAUCAGCCAGGACGAAAAUCCGUUUUCGCUCCAGUCGCAGCAGGUGAUCCGCGAGCAGGACACCCAGCUCGACUCCAUCCACCAUACCAUGCGCACGCUCAACCAGCAGGCCAGCAUGAUGGGGUCGGAGCUCGAGGAGCAAGGGUUCAUGUUGGACGAGUUGGACCACGACCUCGACCAGGUGGACUCCAAGCUCCAGCGGGGGCUCAAGCGGGUCAACGUCAUUAUAGAGAGAAACCGAGAGAAGGCCAGCGAUUGGUGCAUUGGCAUACUUGCGUUUGCGCUAUGUAUUCUCUUGAUUUUGGUAAUCGCAUUGUAG